UUGGGAGUUGUAAGUUUUGCUAUCAAACAAUCAAAGUAUAUAAUGGCUCAUAUAAAAGAGUUCAAACAUCUUGAACUACAACUAAAAGAUAUAAAAACAGCAACCAACAACUUCGCCCAAGAAAAUUGCAUUGGGGUAGGAGGAUUCGGGAAAGUGUACAAGGGAGAACUUGCCUAUUAUGAAGGGUACGGAUGGGUAGCUUUGAAGCGUUUAGAUGGUAAAUUUGGGCAAGGAAAUCCUGAAUUCUGGAAGGAGAUCAUGAUACUUUCUCAAUACAAACAUGAAAACAUAGUUUCUUUGUUAGGGUAUUGUGAUGAUCACGGUGAGAAGAUCCUGGUGUAUGAAUAUGUCCCCAGGAGAAGCCUUGAUCGAUAUCUCGAUAGCACUGAGCUGACAUGGGUUAAACGCCUUAAGAUCUGCAUUGGGGCAGCUCAUGGACUUGCAUACCUUCAUACUGCAGGUGGGACCCAACAAAGAGUAUUGCAUCGUGAUAUUAAAAGUUCAAACAUUUUACUCGAUCAACUUUGGAAUGCCAAGAUCUCGGAUUUUGGUCUCUCGAAAUUUGGUCCUGCCAAUCAAAAAUACACAUUUCUUAUCUCGAGCCCUGUAGGCACGCUUGGGUAUUGGGACCCGCUUUAUGCUGAGACCGGGGUUUUAACAAAAGAGUCCGAUGUUUACUCUUUGGGUGUAGUUCUGUUUGAAGUAUUGUGUGGGAGGCCGUGUUUGGACUACAGCGAAAACAAGCUUCCGCCUUUACUAGGAUUAGUGAGGCAGUCCUAUGAACAAAACAAUUUACAUGAAAUCGUUUAUGAUAAUAUUAAGGACGGAUUGAAUCCUGAAUCGUUGAAGGUGUUUACGGAAAUUGCUUAUCAAUGUGUAAAGAGGGACCGUGAAGACCGUCCAUCAAUGAGUGCCAUCUUGCAGGAACUUCAAACUGCCCUGCAAUGUCAAGUAAGCUAUUUUGUCCAGGACUAUUUGGCUGACACUCCGAACCCGGUGGUGAUAAUGGACGCACAAGAAAAUGGUACCCAGCUGAUGACUACACUCAUGGCUUGUGCGGAAGCCGUACAAGAAAAAAAAAUAGGGUUAGCCAAGAAUUUGUUGAAGCAAGCGGAGAUGUUAUCCGUGUUGCAAGCCGCCGGCCAAAAGAGGAAAGUGUAUACGUAUUUUUUGGAAGCUUUAGUUAGAAAAAUUUACUGGUUUUCACCGGUCAACGACCAAGAUCUAUCCGAGUUUCAAGACUUGUUAGAAAUGCAUUUUUAUGAAACAGUUCCUUACUUACAAUUUGCCCAUUUUACCUCAAACCAAGCCAUUUUGGAAAGGUUUGAGGGGAAAAAGAAGGUACAUGUGAUUGAUUUUGGGCUAAAACAAGGGAUGCAAUGGCCUACUUUGAUGCAGGCAUUGGCCCUUAGACCGGGUGGUCCGCCUUGUUUUAGAUUAACUGGGGUUGGACCACAUCGUCAAGAUGGGAAAGAUUAUUUGCAAGAAGUGGGUUGGAAGUUGGCCCAAUUGGCUGAUACUAUAAGUAUUGAGUUUAAGUUUAGAGGCUUUGUUGCUAAUAGUUUGGCUGAUCUUGAACCGGGUAUGUUUGAUUUGCGAACAGGGGAAGUCGUGGCGGUUAAUUCGGUUUUCGAGCUCCAUAAGUUGUUGGCUAGACCGGGUUCAGUUGAAAAGGUUUUAUCAUUGGUUAAGGAUAUCAAACCCGAGAUAUUGACUGUUGUGGAACAAGAGGCUAAUCAUAAUGGGUUGGUUUUCUUGGACCGGUUUACUGAGUCAUUGCAUUAUUAUUCGACUAUGUUUGAAUCGCUCGAGAGCUCGGGCGUGGGUGCGAGAGAUGGCAGUGGUGAGGGGAUGGUGCCAGCUAAUGAUCAGGAUAAAAUUUUGUCAGAAGUGUAUUUGGGAAAGCAGAUUUGUAAUGUGGUGGCAUGUGAAGGAAUAGACCGAGUUGAACGGCACGAGACGUUGACUCAGUGGACGCGUCGACUCGACUUGGCCGGGUUUGAACAGGUUCAUUUCGGGUCAAAUGCGUAUAAGCAAGCGAGAAUGUUGAUGACUUUGUUUGCAGGUGGUGGUGAUGGGUAUCAAGUUGAGGAAAACAGUGGUGGUUUGAUUCUCGGAUGGCAUACUCGGCCAUUAAUCACUACCUCAGUAUGGAAAAUUCGGUGACUUAUGGGAUGAGUUGAUUCGGUGAUGGCGGGACAACUCGACACAUCAAAAAGAAAUAAGGAAAUUUGGAGAUGUCCACAUCUUAUGAUUUUCCUUUUUAGUUUUCAUCAUAGUGGCGUUUUUUACUUUUUUUUCUUUAAUAUAUAUAUAUAUAUAUAUUUUGAAAAUUAAGGGUCGGCACACGUCACUGGUGAUUUAGUUUA